CGCUCUACACCACAGCCUCAGUGUUCUGUCAUGGCGCUGUCCAGUUCGCAAGCCGUCGUGAAGGGACGGGAUGCUAGGGUUUUUGUCGGCACGACAAGCGGGUUUGGACGACCCUCUUCGCCUUCGGAGAGCGGAGUCCACACGGAGGGUUUUGGGACUGGAGUUAAACAAAGACAGAGAUGUUGAAAGGAUCCAUGGCAGUGGAGUUAACACCCUUGACAUUGACCCUGUUGAAGGGAGAUACAUGUUAUCAGGUGGUUCAGAUGGUGUGAUUGUGCUUUAUGAUCUUGAGAACUCCAGCAGGCAACCUUAUUACACAUGUAAAGCAGUGUGUUCCGUUGGCAGAAGCCAUCCUGAUGUUCACAAAUAUAGUGUGGAGACUGUACAGUGGUAUCCUCAUGACACUGGCAUGUUCACAUCAAGCUCAUUUGAUAAAACUCUGAAAGUAUGGGAUACAAAUACAUUACAAAUUGCAGAUGUAUUUAAUUUUGAAGAAACAGUUUAUAGUCAUCAUAUGUCUCCAGUUGCCACCAAGCACUGUUUGGUAGCAGUUGGUACUAGAGGGCCCAAAGUACAACUUUGUGACUUAAAGUCUGGAUCCUGUUCCCACAUUCUACAGGGUCACAGACAAGAAAUAUUGGCAGUUUCCUGGUCACCGCGUUAUGAGUAUAUCUUGGCAACUGCAAGUGCUGACAGUAGAACAAAAUUAUGGGAUGUGAGGAGAGCAUCAGGAUGUUUGAUUACUCUUGAUCAGCAUAAUGGGAAAAAGUCACAAGCAGUUGAAUCAGCAAACACUGCUCAUAAUGGGAAAGUUAAUGGCUUAUGUUUUACAAGUGAUGGGCUUCACCUCCUCACUGUUGGUACAGAUAAUCGAAUGAGGCUCUGGAAUAGUUCCAAUGGAGAAAACACACUAGUGAACUAUGGAAAAGUAUAUAAUGACAGUAGAAAAGGAUUGAAAUUCACUGUCUCCUGUGGCUGCAGUUCAGAAUUUGUUUUUGUACCAUAUGGUAGCACCAUUGCUAUUUAUACAGUUUACUCAGGAGAACAGAUAACUAUGCUUAAGGGACAUUAUAAAAGUGUUGACUGCUGUGUAUUUCAGUCUAAUUUCCAGGAACUUUAUAGCGGUAGCAGAGACUGCAAUAUUCUUGCUUGGAUACCAUCCUUAUAUGAAUCAGUUCCUGAUGAUGAGGAGACGUCAACCAGAUCACAGUUAAAUCCAGCAUUUGAAGAUGCCUGGAGCAGCAGUGAUGAGGAAGGAUGACUAUCAUUCUUAUGGUUAUUGCAGAGAAUCUGUAGCCUUGGGCCUAACCAGUGACUUUGUUUCCUAGGCACUGGUGGUCAGCUCUUGAAGGCAACAAAUGAUUGUCUGAGUGUGGCACAAGAGUGAUUGGCACAAGCCACUUCUCCUUUGUUCAUCUAAUCAUUACAGCAAGAGAGCAACAGUACUAAACUAGGGCCUGCUAACCCAUUCCUGUUCAAACACCAGCAGGAACAGGAGAGCUGCUACUUCCCAGGUGGCUGACACUCCACUCUCCAGCUUCUCUUCAGCUGUAUAGUAGCGUUAUCCACUGUCCUGUGAAACUGUGUAUCAUCCAUAUAAAUGUACUGUUAAUAUUGUGCUAAAAUGAGGAAAUAGUACUCCUAAUAGGUCUUUGAGAAUUGAGCUAUUAACUAUUUUUAUUGUACGGUUUUAAUGUUUUUUUAUAUAUUAUGUAUGAAAAAAUUUGAGUUUCAGUAAGUACUGUGGAAAAAUUUAUUAAAAAUAACUCAGUGAUGAUCACUAUGAACAUUAAGGAAUGGUAAGUUUAUUUUUAAAAUGUACUGGUUUCAUAAAGAAAUAAAUAAUAAAUAGACUGGAAAUCAGAAGACCUGAGUCUUCAUCUUAGUUUUACUACCAAGUAAACAUGUGAAAUUUGAAUCCUAUUUUUUUACUUUCUUUUUUUCCAUUAGUUUAAAAAAAAAAAAAAAGGAAGGGACAGAAAACUGGAGUAGAAAAUUGUCAAAUUCAUUCCUGUUCCAAAAUCACACAUUGUAAUAUUUAGAAAGCAUUUUAAAAUGGUAUUCACUGUGUGAAAUACAUAAAUAAGUAGAGGUUUAUAUUCAAAGUUAACUGAAGUUCACUGAAGGCAAAGGUAGAGUGUCUUUAUAAAAGGCUCAUGAAUUAUCUUAUACUGAAUAAACACUCAAAUUUUAAUGGAAUUAACAUGUAUUUUGCCUAAACUGAAACUUGUAAAGUUCCCAUCCAAAUUAUUAUGGAACCACCACUUGAUUUAGCAAGUUAGCCUCCCUGAGCUAGUUUCAUUUGUGGAAAGGGAAUAAAAUACACCUUACAGAGU